UUUAUUAACCUUUUACGAACCCUCAAACUUUUUUCUAUCCCUCAAAAAUUUUACUCAUGAAAGUUUUUCGGCUAGUAUAAAAUGUCUGUGUUAGAACAAUUGAUAAUUGAUAAAAAAAUUGAUAAUGAGGAAUUGCUCUUCUUCGAUACGUUCGCACAUGGUCCCACAGAGGAAUUGAAUUUGGAUUUGGUACAGUUUCCCAAGCCCGUGUACAUAAAUCAAGUGCGAGUCAUACCUUUAGGCGCCAAAGUGCAAGCUGAUUUCCCCGGAGGAGUGCGUUUAGGAGCAACGAAUCCAUCCCAGUUUAAGCUUGAACUAUUUGUGAAUGAUUUGAGCAAACCUGGAGCAUCUGCUUUUGAGACACUUGGUGUUCUAGAUUACAAUCAGAAUUCUAACAUUCAUUACGAUUCUGAUAAAAAAGUACCAACAGAUGGCUUAGUUUUGAGAGGCUGGUAUACCACUGUAACCCUAGCUGUGUAUGGGGUUAUUACACGAGCCCCAAUAAUCAGUAUACCUCCACCCCCCCCAGCAGCCCCUAUCAAACCUGCUAGCCCAGUUCCAGUUGAACCAGCCCAGCCAACGGUUCCAGAAUUAGCGCAAGUGUUUACAAAUCAAAUUAUAGACGAAAAGUUACGGACUUCCACCCCUCCGUUCGAAGAAAAAGCAGAACUUAUAAAGUGUGAAAAUGCUUUUGUGACAUCAACAGUGGUUGAAUCUGAAGUAAAACGCGAGGAUGAUCCAGAAAAAGAAACCAAAGUGAAGGUCGAAGAAAAAGUAGUCGAGAAGGUGCGAGAGAAAAGCAGACGCAGUGAUGAGUUCACACGGACGCGAGACACAAGUGACUUCCGUGAAAGAGAAUGGGAAUCCGAUCGAACCAGCAAAGCAGAUUCCGAACGUAUCAAUCGAAGUGAUCAUCGAAGCCGACACGAUGUUGAUCGAUCCAAAAAUGAUUCGGAUCGAAUACGCCCAGAUUCCGACAGAUUUAAAGUUGAAUCCGAACGUAGUAGAACAGAUUCCGACCGUGAAAAGGCCAGAAUAGAAUUGGAUAGAAAACGAAACGAGUCCGACCGAACUAAAAGUGAAAGGAGCGAUUCAGAUCGAACUAGAAGUGAUCCUGAACGAACGAAGAGUGAAUCGGAUAGAUCCAAAGGUGAUGUCGGUAGGAACAGAAUCGAAUCAGAACGGACACGAACCGAAAAGAGCGACUCUGAUAGAACCAGAAGUGAUUCCGACCGAGUUAAAUGUGAUCCAGAUCGAGUGAAAGGCGAUUCAGAACGUGCCAGAACCGACGAACGAGGUAGAAACGACCGAGAUCGCGAAAGACGUGGUGAUAGAAGCGAUCGUAAAGAGCGAUCUAAGGAACGCGAACGAAGCAGUGGCGGAAGUGAACGUGAUCGAUCGCGAGAAAGAUCCCGCGAUCGCCAUCGUGAAAAAGAGAGAGCAAAAGAACGAGGAUCACGUGAAAGCUCGAGGCGGCCUCGGACUCCUGCAGAAGACAAGAAAAUUGAAAUUGCUAUUGUCCUACCUGUACCGGUACCUGUACCGGUUGAAGUUCCACCUCCACCACCUCCACCACCCCCUCCGCCGCCACCUGCUUCCAUAAAAAAAGAUGAACCCCCUGUAGAAUGCUUCUCGCCUGGUGUCGAAAUGGAAGCUAUAUCAGACGAUGACAUGCCGGAAGUGGAUAGUUUAGCCCCUCGCGCUGAUGAAGUUGAAGAGGAAAUAAACGAAGUUAAUGAACCGGAAUCCAUUCUUCGGAAAGAUGAGCCUCCCGUUGAAGAUGAGGUUGUCAAUUCAACUGAAGUGUUAGUUGAAGCAGCCCCUGACAGCGUCGUCGAACCCGAAGAAUUGGAAGAACUAGAAGAAAUCCUCAGCGAUGAAGACCUUAUGUUUGAAGACUAUAAUGCCGACAUGACGGAUUUGGAUAUCAAUGAAUUCGGUGAUCUUCUUGAAAUCGGAAAGACAUUUAAUCCUUACGGUGUUGAACUGCAACCGCUGCAGAAUUUUACAGAUCCUUCAGACACCACAUUACAACGAGUAAGCAAGAAUGUCUCCGAACCUCGAAUACCUUGCAAAGACUUAGAAGACGCUGCUUUGAGACUCCAGAUGACGCUGGAGCUAACAUCUCGCGGAGAAAAAUGGAUCGAUAGCAUGAAUCAGUUGGCCUCUAUCUUACCGAAUGGUCUGGCUUACUUACACUCACAGCCGGAUCUGCUCAAAUCAAUUCAAGAUAAAGUGGUUGACUGGUUACUUCACGGCCUAGAUUUCGAUCAUGCUCGCGAACAACCAGGUCCAUCUACACAUACGGUCCGUCACAUCAAAUGUGGUCUGAAACUCUCGCAGACGGUGGCCCAGUGCUCGCAGUCGCUUAUAGAACGCUCAGUAGAUUGUGGCGUCUUGACGAAAAUUGCGAGCCUUUACGGUGCCCCCCACAUGGCUCAGUCGCUCAAGCUAAUGUGCCUGCGUAGCAUUGAUGCUCUGCUUUCAUGGCCCUACGUCAUGGAACAUUGGAUGAAGAAUCCCGUACUGGAGUACCCAAACGGCUAUGAAUAUUUCGUCCAGUUGUUAGAAGCGACUCAACCCUCCAGAGCUCAAGUAACAGUGACCGCACUCAUCCGAAAGAUACAUACUUACGAAGCUCUGCAGCGGAUUCAUAACAUCGGACAAAUCCUGGCCCGUUUACCUCCAAACGGCUUUAGACGAAAAGACAUUCGUCGCCCUUCAGGAAUGAGCAUUGAAAGUCAAGACUCGAACUCGCAGGACAGUUUUUCUACACCGAAUGCCACAUGUCCUAAUGUUGUUGCUGAAAAUCCGUUAGAGCCACAUCUCACGCAGUUACUUUCCAGUUUAAAUGAAGUCCGAAAAGUUUAUCUGAACCCACAGUUGACUGUCGGUCAUCUGCUUCGUUUUCUGCCCGUCUACCGUCAGUACGAGAUCUCUAACGCUGGUUCGGAUCCUCUCCAGGGACUCUACUGUUUCUUCCGUCAUCACAGAUUCUUGGGCGUUUUAUUGCUUCUGUCAACUCAUCCAUUGACAGGAAGUGAUCAUGUUAUCAUGGACAUGGUGCUCCACUUUCUGGAGGAUUUUGCCAUGACGCAUCAUGGGCUUUGCUUCCUCUCUGGUGAAUCACACGUAACAACGUUGAUCCUUCGUGCUUUGAUGCACACGUCUGUUGGUCACGGACAUCCAUCAAUUGGUUUAGCCACUGAAUCGGUCGAGGGACGUCACGACGAGUACGCCAACGUUGAAGAACUGAACGUUACUAGUCAUCAUGCAUCGAUGACUCCGCAUCGGCUGGGUGUUCAGUUAGCCCAUUCACUUUACAUUAUACAGUGCCUGGACGUCCUCAAUCAUCACUUGAUAAACAACAACAAAGACAGUCCAGCUGCCAUCGAAUGCAUCCAAUCGCUAUACAGUCUGGUUUUCAGUGUGACAGGCCGGUUGGCUCUGAUCCAUGUUAUUGCAUUGGAUAACAAUAUUGAUGUUUUGCUCAACAUUCUGACAAGUGAUAGUGAUGCAGAGACUGAAAUAAGGAUGAAAGAAUCUGCCGUCCGUGGAUAUGCGGCUGAGCUAGUGGCACUUAUUGUGAGAUCAACGGAAAAUGCCAUGUUUUAUGCCAAGUACGGUGCAUCACUCAUCGGAUUGGUGGCUUCCAACCAAGAUGAUAGCAAUAAGUUGGCUCAUCUGACUCGUUGGAUUGAAAUCCUUAAUCAGCCCCAAGUUUUCACUCUCGACAGCGGCUUGCCAGUGCUUUGCGACGUAGUCAAGCAGCACGCCGAUGAUGCCGCGAGUUUUCCACCCGAGCUUAUUGUUGCUCUUCGUCUGCUUUGUCCACUCGCCAUACCCAAACAACAGGGAGAAAGUAGCGGAGAAGAAUACGUGGAACUCAAAUAUGCAUACGCCGUAGUACAGCUCUUCAGUCACGAUAUGCUGAGUCUGCUAGUAAGCAUACUGCUGAAACUCUGUCAAGCCUAUGAGCAGCCGGCUGUUCAUGGGGCCGUACUGGCUGGACCGCAAGGCUUCCUUCUGCUUUCCAUUGUCCAUCCAUCACUCAAGUUGAUCCGUCGUCUACUAUGUCAACUUAUCCGCUGCCGUGAUGGAGAAUUUCGUGACCUGACAGCUGUUCCAGUCCUACUGCAGACGUACGCCCUGGUUAGCGCUGUUCCGGCUUCAUCUUUGCUACAUUACAAAGUGGCCGAGUGCUGUUCCGACAUUGUUGGCACCUUACUGGCUUAUAGUCAGCCUUUGUUGCAAACUGGAGAUGGCAAUAGCGUGCGAAGUAGUAAUACUAGUGGUGUCAUCAAGGCAUCUACCACACCAGAAGACGCUUUAUCGCGAAGUUUGUGGACGCAAAUGGUUCAGGAAAUUUUAAAAUUCGUCCAUACUUGUUCCGGGCCGGCUUCAUUUAUCACAGGAUUGCAAGUGCUCAACGAAAUUCUCCCACUGCCAUUGCCUCUGUUUAAAGGAGUUGGAGGUGAAACCCAGUUGUCUGAAGAAGAUGUGCAAGAGAUACUCAACGCCCGAAAACUUUGGAGUGUUCACCUGCACACUCUCGGGCCACAAGUGCAGCAAGUUGUCCGGCUCUUGUGCUGCUCUGGCCCGCAACUUUUACAGCUCUUGCGAAAAGUGUGUGUCCAGAUUGCCGAUCUCUCGGCCAGUACUGCGCUUGUUAUAGCUAGAGCCGCAUUGGAUGCUGUCCUUUCCAGUUGCCUGAUUCAAGAUCCUAGUCCACCAGCAAACGCCAAAAGCGAGGAAAAUGAAAAAGAUGUUGCUGUAGCCUUCCUUCCGGCUACGUUGAUUUGCACAGCUCACUCGGCCCGAGUGUUAAACUUUCUAGCAGCCAUUGUGACACAUGCACCAAUUAAAGCAGCUGUGUUGCAGCUUUGUCGUGGAUUGCAGAAAUCGGAUGAGAAAUACGCCGAAUUUCUCCAGUGUUUGUGUUUGAUCCUUAAUUCGGUCUCAACAACAUCGGCUCACAUCCAAUCGCAGGAAUGCGUCGUCUCCAUCUUCCAGGCGUUACUUGACGCCGAUAUUUGUCUUUUGUCACCCGAUAAGGUCGAAUACGAAUCUUAUUUGUCAGCCGCCCUUCCGUCCCGUGAACCCAUGUUAAUCAUCGUCUCUGGGUUAUGGGAUCACCUUGCUAAUUCCGAACACAAUUACUCGUCACUCUUGCCUACCCUUCGAACACUGACGUUGCUGACGGAGCACAACUACACGUUCCAGCACUUGCAUAAAGUUUUAGAGCGAAAGCGGCACGCCCUAUGGGCCUUCUUCGAUAAAAUGGCUAGCGGUUUCAAUAAGGACAGUUCAGAUAGUGUGUCCACUUUGUCAACUGCAUUGGAACUCCUUCGAACACUAGUGAAGACGCCAGUGGCGGCGGCACUUGGACGGCGCAAUGUUAUCGUGCCCAUCAGCACACUCUCAGAAGCUCUUCAAUGGCCUAUGGAACCGACAUCAACAGAAGAAAAUUCUGUAGAAGAACCUAAAAAGCAUCCACUGUUAGUUCUUCAAGAUUUUUUACGAGAAAACUGUACAGAAGAAGAAUCAAUGGAAAGCCUACGAGAUAGUCUUACGGCGUUGGUGAAUAUUCUUCAAUCCUCGGACUCUGAUGCAGCCACCAUAAAAGAUACCGCAAUAGAAAUUAUCAUCCCUCUCCCAGAGACUCUAAAUCUCCAGUUUGCACACCGGCCACUGUUGAGUGAUUCUCCAACUGAUGAAGAUCGUCUUUCCUCUUCUUAUUGGUUAUCCAAUCAUCAACACUGGGUAGACGAACCUGCCGACUCUGAUACGGAUCAUAUUCGUUGCGAUCUUCUGGAGACAGCACAGAGUUGCUUGGGUGCCGAUGUGGAUUUAAUGGCUUUGACCGAACGUCUUUGUAAGAGUCAUUCCGAACCUACGGAGAUUGGUGGACGAGCAACUACAGUGAUUUCAAUAAAAGGUCGAAUGGAUGCGCAAUCAACCGACGCUCCACCCGGAAGACCGAUUCUAUCUACAGCGCGUGACAAAUCCAAUAAGCCGUAUGUGGCUCCAAUGCGAGGGAGAGGAUUCGGAAGACCUGGCGUCAAUGGGCGAAACGAUCCUUUCCGUUCUCGCGCACCCAACACAUCACGUCCACCAUCACUACAUGUCGACGAUUUUGUUGCCAUGGAAAAGAACGGAGCUGUGGGUGGUGGACCUUCCUCAUCAUCUGGGGUUGGCAACAAUUUGUACGGCACCAAAAUCGCAAGAGGUGGAGGAGGCAGGGGCAGUGGCAAUCGAGGCCGAGGUGGUUUUCCCGGUGAACGUGGUCGCUUUAAUUUUCAGCAACCCCGACGUGAGGCCGCUCGGUCUCGUCCAGGCGGCACCGGUUCGACGUCGACGUCUUCUUCCUCAGCCAAGUGGGACGAUCCAUAUCUUCAUUCUUCUGUGGUUGAAGCGCGUUCUGCUACCCGUUUUCAGUCUACUAAUCGUGUUUGGACCAACACCGCUAGCAAGGAGCGAUACAGUUCGCCGUCAAAUACGGCCCCAUCAACUGGUCGUACGCGACACACACGAACGUUUUCUCGCUAAAUAAAAAUCCCUGGCAGAAAAUCGGAAGGAAGAGAAAAGAAUGAUUGUAUCGGAAAAGUUUGUCUGUGACCAAAUUGAACGUGAAUAAAAUGUAAUGAGUAACAAUUUAAAAAGAAAAAAAAAAACGAGGUUUUGCUUCCACUGCAAAUACAGACCGACCGCUACGCGAACGACACAUUUAUUACAUCGACAAAGAUGGGGGGGAGGGGGUUAGGGUGAGAGCAAGAUGAGA